GGGGGAGCGCUGGCGAGGCGCUGACGGCGGGCGCCGGGCAUCUCGGCCCGCGGCCCUCGCUCUCGGGCGCAGCGGUAGCGGCGGCGACGGCGCGGACCCGCGGACCUGGCAGCACAACAUUCUAAAAUAAAUCCAUCAGAAUGACACCUUCUCAGGUCACCUUUGAAAUAAGAGGAACUCUUUUACCAGGAGAAGUUUUUGCAAUAUGUGGAAGCUGUGAUGCUUUGGGAAACUGGAGUCCUCAAAAUGCUGUGGCUCUUCUUCCAGAAAAUGAGACAGGUGAAAGCAUGUUAUGGAAAGCAACCAUUGUACUCACUAGAGGAGUGUCAGUUCAGUACCGCUACUUCAGAGGGUGCUUUUUAGAACCAAAGACUAUCGGUGGUCCAUGCCAAGUCAUAGUUCACAAGUGGGAGACUCAUCUACAACCACGAUCAAUAACCCCUUUAGAAAGUGAAAUUAUUAUUGACGACGGACAAUUUGGAAUCCACAAUGGUGUUGAAACUCUGGAUUCUGGAUGGCUGACAUGUCAGACUGAAAUAAGAUUACGUUUGCAUUAUUCUGAAAAACCUCCUGUCUCAAUAACAAAGAAAAAAUUAAAGAAAUCUAGAUUUAGGGUAAAGUUGACACUAGAGGGCUUGGAAGAAGAUGACGAUGAUAGGGUGUCUCCUACUGUUCUUCACAAAAUGUCCAACAGCCUGGAGAUAUCCUUAAUAAGCGACAAUGAAUUCAAGUGCAGGCAUUCGCAGCCAGAGUGUGGGUAUGGCUUACAGCCCGAUCGUUGGACAGAGUACAGCAUACAGACAAUGGAACCAGAUAACCUGGAACUAAUAUUUGAUUUUUUUGAGGAAGAUCUCAGUGAACACGUAGUUCAGGGUGAUGCUCUUCCUGGACACGUGGGAACAGCAUGUCUCUUAUCAUCCACCAUUGCUGAGAGUGGGAAGAGUGCUGGAAUUCUCACUCUUCCCAUCAUGAGCAGAAAUUCCAGAAAAACAAUAGGCAAAGUGAGAGUUGACUAUAUAAUUAUUAAGCCAUUACCAGGAUACAGUUGUGAUAUGAAAUCUUCAUUUUCCAAGUAUUGGAAGCCAAGAACACCAUUGGAUGUUGGACAUCGUGGUGCAGGGAAUUCUACAACAACUGCUCAGCUUGCUAAAGUUCAAGAAAAUACUAUUGCUUCUUUGAGAAAUGCUGCUAGUCAUGGUGCAGCCUUUGUAGAAUUUGAUGUACAUCUUUCAAAAGAUUUUGUGCCUGUGGUGUAUCAUGAUCUCACCUGUUGUUUGACAAUGAAAAAGAAAUUUGAUGCUGAUCCAGUUGAAUUAUUUGAAAUUCCAGUAAAGGAAUUAACAUUUGACCAACUCCAGUUGUUAAAGCUCGCUCAUGUGACUGCACUGAAAUCUAAAGAUCUGAAAGAAUCUGUGGUUGAGGAAGAAAAUUCUUUUUCUGAAAAUCAGCCAUUUCCUUCUCUUAAGAUGGUUUUAGAGUCUUUGCCAGAAGAUGUAGGGUUUAACAUAGAAAUAAAAUGGAUCUGCCAACAAAGGGAUGGAAUGUGGGAUGGUAACUUAUCAACGUAUUUUGACAUGAAUCUGUUUUUGGACAUAAUUUUAAAAACUGUCUUAGAAAAUUCUGGGAAGAGGAGAAUAGUGUUUUCUUCAUUCGAUGCAGAUAUUUGCACUAUGGUUCGGCAAAAGCAGAACAAAUACCCCAUAUUAUUUUUGACUCAAGGAAAAUCAGAUAUUUACCCUGAACUCAUGGACCUCAGAUCUAGGACAACCCCCAUUGCAAUGAGCUUUGCACAGUUUGAAAACCUACUGGGAAUAAAUGCACAUACUGAAGACCUGCUCAGAAACCCAUCCUAUAUUCAAGAGGCAAAAGCUAAGGGACUAGUCAUAUUCUGCUGGGGUGAUGAUACCAAUGAUCCCGAAAACAGAAAGAAAUUGAAGGAGUUUGGAGUUAAUGGUCUAAUUUAUGAUAGGAUAUAUGAUUGGAUGCCUGAACAGCCAAAUAUAUUCCAAGUGGAGCAGUUGGAACGCCUGAAGCAAGAAUUGCCAGAGCUUAAGAGCUGUUUGUGUCCCACUGUUAGCCGCUUUGUUCCCUCAUCUUUGUGCGGGGAGCCUGAUAUCCAUGUGGAUGCCAACGGCAUUGAUAACGUGGGGAGUGCUUAGUUUUUACUGGGCAGAGGCCCUUUUGGGGCACGCACCACUGUUGUGGGGAUUCACUUUUCAUCACUGAGCAUUGUUUAUCUAUGCCUUCUAGGUUUCUCAGUCCAAUGAAGCAAUAAUGAAGUAUUUUACUCUUUCACUACAAUUCUUGCUAGGAUUUCAAGUAUGCUAUUUAAAUCAUUUGGCCAGGUAUAAUUACCAGUCAGUCUCUUUACAAUGAGAAAAUUUAUUGGUUGGCAAACAUUUUAAACUAAAUAUGUAAACAUAUAAUGUUAAAUGUCCAUUAAAACCAUAGUGCUUGGAAAUUAACUAUAUAAAUAUAUUUACAGUUCUUACAACUUUCAUUUGAUCAGGUCUGAAAUAUUUAGCACUUGAGGAACAUGACUAUGCAUAAUUAUACCUGACCAUGGAAAAAAUAAGUACCUCAAAUGCAUGCAUUUGCACUGGUGAUUCCAACUGCACAAAUCUUUGUGCCAUCUAUGUAUAUAUGUAUUUUUUACAUGGAUUGACAUGCACACACACCAUUUUCAUUCAGUAUGAACCUUGAGGCUGCUGCCAUUCUCCCACUUAACCAAACCAAUGCCUGUGUAAACAGCCUGGAGGUGAUCCUUGAAAACUUGUCUCAUAAGUCUUUCAAAAGUUGUUUUGCAUAAAUGUUAAAGUUUCAAAAUGCUGCAGGGUAAUUUAAUGUAUAAAAUAUUAGAAGUAUGUAGUGCAUACUUAAUAGAGUAGGCCAUAAUGUGUAAAUUCUAUUCCAUGCAUGCUUUAGGUUUUAAGCAUGAGAUUGUACAUGUUUACUGUAAGUCCUUGCAUCUGUGGUGCUAGGUGAGUGUGAGAAGGUGUCAAGGACUGAAAAUAUUUUGUUGCCUAAAAAAAAAAAAAAAAAAAAA